CGUAAAUAUUUCAAUAGCAGAGCAACACCUGUGGAGAAAAAAGAAAAACUGAAACGCAGGUGUGAGUGAGCAAAGCACUCGAUCAUCGCCUUCUUUUGUACUAUAUUGUAUUGUCUUCUUCACGAGUCUUGUUCCGAUUCCCGAGACAGAACAUUUUUAUUUUUUUUGACUCCUCAAGUUUAUCAGAAGCCAAAGGAUCGGAAAGACUCUCUUUGCAUCAUCUCUACCCUUAUGGCAGCUGCACCACCGAUCGAGCCGGCGGUGACGACGACGUUCCCUGGCUUCAAAUUCUCCCCGACCGACAUCGAACUUAUAUCUUAUUACUUGAAGAGGAAGAUGGAUGGUUUGGAGAGAUCUGUUGAGAUUAUACCUGAGGUUGAGAUUUACAACUUCGAGCCUUGGGAUUUACCUGAUAAGUCUAUCGUUAAAUCGGAUAGCGAAUGGUUCUUCUUCUGUGCUCGCGGUAAGAAGUAUCCCCACGGUUCACAGAACAGAAGAGCAACCAAGAUAGGAUAUUGGAAAGCCACAGGAAAAGAGCGUAAUGUGAAGUCAGGUUCUGAGGUCAUUGGAACAAAGAGAACGCUUGUAUUCCACAUUGGCCGCGCGCCAAAAGGAGGAAGAACGGAAUGGCUUAUGCAUGAGUACUGCAUGAUUGGAGUAUCACUGGAUGCUCUGGUUAUUUGCCGACUUAGGAGGAAUACUGAAUUUCAAGGGAGUACAAUUCAAAAGCCACCACAACCAAGUUUACCACUGGAUAAGCACGUAAACUUGCGGAAUGAAGCUAUUUCAGAAAGUAUUUAUGGUUGGGAAACUAUGGUUGAUUUCUACUUAUCAAGUGAGUCAGGGCAAGAACUACUUAGUGAAAUAGCAGAAUCUUCACAAUCUUCACAAAAUCCACAGGAAUUUUUCCAUGUUUAAAGGUUCCUAGUGAAGAAGAUUUCUAUGCCGAUAUACUGAGGGAUGAAAUAGUAAAGCUAGAUGAUCCGGCGGUAUCCGGUAAUACACUGAUCAAUGUACCAAGGCUUCAAACAGAGUCCAAUACCACAAGAGUACUACCUUUACCUGACAUGGUAGACAAACAAAUGCAAUCGUUGCUACAGAAACUACCAUUACAAAAUGACACUGGAGAAGAGAACAACAUAUCCAUGUCAAAUUGCUUUAUCGGUAUCUACUCGAUUAAGUCUAUAAACCGAGCGCGAUGGGACGUUGUUGUUUGGUUACUCGUUAUGAUAGCCGUGUUGGUGUUUUAUUUAGUGUGAGGUUAAAGAAGACAUCUUCUAGGCAGUUUGCUUGGUUCUUUCUUAAUGUUGAGAGAAUAUGUUGUUCUUGUUAGGCUUAGUUUACGUGUAGCAUCUAUGUGUUCUAAGUAUAUGAACCUGUGUGGUUUUCGAGAUAUAUAUGAAUUCUGUAUCAGGUAGAUUUUUCUAUCUUUAUAAAUUCAUUGUCAAUGAGAUUUUCAGGUAGAAAAGAGAUGUGGAAAAUGUAUAUUUUAUUU